UUCAUACCUACCUUGGCUGGCACUCCCAUCCGUUUUCUACACUUGUGAUAAAAUUGUAACAAUCAAUUUGUGUAUAUUUUUUGCAUUGUUAUAAGUGUUUCGUUACGUGCCUCCAACAAUAACAUGACAAAUCAACGUUAAAGUAAUUUUGGUGUGAGAAAACUGGUAUAACUCCAAAGAGAUCAUGUCAACUAUGUCAAGAUCAGUGCACGUCAGCCAGCAUAAGCUGGCUGAGAAACUCAUCAUUUUAAACGACCGCGGCAUCGGCAUGCUCACCAGAAUCUACAACAUCAAGAAAGCUUGUGGAGACGCUAAGUCCAAACCAGCUUUCCUCUCAGACAAGACCCUGGAGUCCUCCAUAAAGCACAUCGUAAGAAGAUUCCCUAACUUUGAUGUAAAAGGGCUUCAGGCAAUUACAAACAUACGUAAUGAAAUUAUUAAAUCACUGUCAUUAUAUUACUACACAUUUGUAGAUCUCCUCGACUUCAAGGACAAUGUAUGCGAACUCCUUAAUAUCAUGGAUGGAUGUCACAUAACGUUGGACUUGACCUUGAACUUUGAGUUGACUAAGAAUUACUUGGACUUAGUGACAACUUAUAUUGCCCUUAUGAUAUUACUGUCUAGAGUUGAAGAUCGUAAAGCUGUCCUGGGUCUUUUCAAUGCGGCACAUGAAUUGGUUCACAACCAAAUUGAUCCCAGCUUUCCUCGCUUGGGACAAAUGAUAGUAGAUUAUGAUGCGCCCCUGAAAAAGCUUUCUGAAGAAUUUGUGCUACAUGAAAAAGUACUACAGACAGCACUUAAUUCACUGUGGCAUGUAUACCCAGCAAGGAACCUAACAGCAGAGCACUGGAGAUCAGAGCAGAAACUCAGCUUGGUGAGUAACCCACAGCAGCUUCUAAAACCAUCUGAAACCAACACCAUGUCUUGUGAAUACUUGUCUCUAGAGUCACUGGAGAGAUAUGUAAUACUUGGUUUUGCUGUGUGCCAUCCAAUGCUUCAACAAGAACAUGCCAACAAAAUGUGGGUCAGUGCUCUCCAGUCAGGAUGGGUGUUGGCACUCUUUCGUGAUGAAGUGAUUUAUAUUCACUCCUACAUACAAAGUUUCUUUGAUGGCUUCAAGGGCUAUGGAAAGAAAAUAUCAGAAGUGAAAGAUUGCUAUCACCAAGCUGUUCAAAAGGCAGGAUACAAACACAGAGAAAGGCGAAAAUUUUUAAGAACAGCUUUAAAAGAACUGGGUCUUAUAUUGACUGACCAACCAGGGCUGCUAGGGCCAAAGGCUUUGUUGAUUUUUAUUGGUCUGUGUUAUGCAAGAGAUGAAGUGUUUUGGCUGUUACGUCAUAAUGACAAUCCUCCACAAAAAGUUAAAGGCAAAUCAACUGAAGAUUUGGUUGAUAGACAACUGCCUGAACUUUUGUUCCAUAUGGAGGAGUUAAGGGCUUUGGUUCGCAAGUACAGCCAAGUCAUGCAAAGAUAUUAUGUUCAAUACUUAUCUGGAUUUGAUGCUGUUGCUCUUAAUCUGAUGAUACAGAACUUGCAGGUUUGUCCUGAGGAUGAAAGUAUUAUACUAUCCUCGUUGUGCAAUACCGCUGCUAAUUUGAAUGUGAAGCAAGUUGAGGACAAUGAAAUAUUUGAUUUUCGUGCCUUUCGUUUGGAUUGGUUCAGAUUGCAGUCUUACACAUCUGUUGCAAAAAUGCCUUUGAAUCUGGGAGAUCAAAGAGAAUUAGCACAGUUUAUUGAUAAGAUGGUUUUUCACACAAAGAUGGUUGACAAUCUUGAUGAAAUAAUGGUGGAAACAUCUGAUCUGUCUCUGUUCUGUUUUUACAGUAAGAUAUUUGAAAGCCAGUUUCAUAUGUGUUUGGAAUUCCCAGCUCAGAACCGUUACAUCAUUGCAUUCCCGCUAAUUUGCAGUCACUUCCAAAACUGCACUCAUGAAUUGUGCCCAGAAGAAAGGCACCACAUCAGGGAAAGAAGUCUAUCUGUUGUCAAUAUUUUCUUGGACGAAAUGGCAAAGGAAGCCAAAAAUAUAAUCACAACUAUUUGUGAUGAACAAUGCACCAUGAGCGACAAGUUACUGCCAAAGCAUUGUGCGCAAACAAUCGCUCACCUAGCAAACAGGAAGAAAAAAGAUAAAAACAAGAAAAACACAAUAGAGAUUGUAAAGCCUGGCGCCGAAAGUUACAGAAAAACCAGAGAAGAGUUAACUACAAUGGAUAAAUUGCAUAUGGCUCUAACAGAACUUUGCUAUGCCAUCAACUAUUGUACUACAGUCAAUGUCUGGGAAUACACAUUUGCCCCUCGAGAAUACUUGCAUCAACACCUAGAGACCAGGUUCUCUAAAGCAUUGGUUGGCAUGGUCAUGUUUAAUCAGGAUACUAGCGAAAUUGCGAAGCCCUCAGAACUGUUAGUAAGUGUACGAGCAUAUAUGAAUGUAUUACAAAGUGUUGAAAAUUACGUACACAUUGAUAUAACAAGGGUUUUCAACAAUUGUCUUCUACAACAGACACAAAAUAUGGACAGCCAUGGUGAAAAAACUAUUGCAUCACUUUACACACAAUGGUAUUCUGAAAUUUUACUCAGAAGAGUGAGUACUGGUAGCAUUUGCUACUCAAUGAACCAAAAAGCUUUUGUGACCCUGUCUGCAGAGGGCACUAUACCUUUCAAUGCCGAGGAGUACUCUGACAUUAAUGAACUCAGGGCUCUUGCUGAAUUAAUUGGUCCUUACGGCAUGAAAUUACUCUGCGAAACGUUGAUGUGGCAUGCUGCCAGCCAAGUGCAGGAAUUGAAAAAGUUAGUGAUUCAAAACAAAGAAGUACUUCAAAUGUUAAGAACAAACUUUGAUAAACCAGAAAUAAUGAGAGAACAGUUUAAAAGAUUGACAAAUGUGGAUAACGUGCUGCUUAGAAUGACGAUAAUUGGCGUUAUUUUGAAUUUCCGUCAAAUAGCUCAGGAAUCUUUACUUGACGUUUUGGAGCGCAGAAUUCCCUUCUUGAUCAGUUCGAUCAAGGAUUUCCAGCAGCAAUUGCCGAGUGGAGACCCAAUGCGGGUCAUAUCAGAGAUGUGUUCUGCAGCAGGCUUACCUUGCAAAGUAGAACCUACUUUGGCGACGGCGUUACGCCAACACAAAGCCGAUCAAGAGGAAGAGGAGCAUCUUAUCGUUUGUUUACUAAUGGUGUUUGUGGCAGUGUCCCUACCAAGAUUAGCCAGAAACGAAUCAUCUUUUUACAAACCAUCAUUGGAAGCGCAUACCAACAAUAUUCACUGUAUGGCAGCUGCUAUAAAUCAUAUUUUUGGAGCUUUGUUUACGAUUUGUGGUCAGGGCGAUAUAGAGGACCGUAUGAAGGAAUUUCUAGCUCUUGCUUCAUCUUCUCUAUUACGCCUUGGACAAGAGACUGAUAAAGAAGCUAUAAAAAAUCGGGAGUCUGUAUAUUUGCUGCUAGAUUUGAUUGUUCAAGAAUCACCGUUUUUGACAAUGGAUCUACUGGAGUCAUGCUUUCCGUAUGUACUAAUACGUAAUGCUUAUCACGAAGUUCAUAAGCAAGAGCAACUGUUGUUGCAUUCUUAAUUAUUUCGUAAAUAUUUUAAAGCAUAAAACAUGUUCCCUAGAAAUAUUUUUCGAAACGGUGCUGACGCCCUUUCUGCAAAUAACCGUCAAUAUAGCAACUAUUCCACUAAACACAGGCUUUAAUGAGACUGGCAAAAUAUUCCUUUCGUUAUCCACAAUUUUUAUGCAUUUUAAUGUUAAAAAAAGCUGCUUUAAGGUUUUAUUUACUAUUAUGUACCUUUGUUACAUAAUCAGAGUUUUAUCUUAGUUGUAGGAAGUAAUGUAUUGUUUACGAGUCUGUAGAGUAAGUGCCGCCUGAGAUAAAUGAAAUUUUUGCUGUUAAAGUAACUGAUUUUAGACAGUUUGCAUUACGAUGGAAUUGAAUUAGAAUGUAGGCUAUUUUUUUCAUUAUGUAACGUUAAAAAAUUGAAUCUACCGGCACACUGUUUCUACAAUAGCAAAAAGAGGCAAAUUCUCACAAACGUAUUUGACAUUGAAUCAUUCCUUGAAAAAUCUUGAGGCUGAAACAGUUUUUUUUUUAAUAUUUUGCAUCUAUUGUAUAGCUUGUGAAAAAAUGUGUAUAAAAAGUCCACACGUCACUAUAAGAAACAUUAUGCACCUAUGUAGUUCAGUAUGUAUUUACAUGAAAUCUUGUUUUUGCUGUAAUCGUAAUAAUACAAACCCAAAUGAAGCAAAAGACAUUGAAUCGAUAAUCAAUAACUUUAAUUUAUUCUUCAUUAUCUCAAUUAUUAUUGUAAUUUUGCUAUACCUUUUGUACCUUGUAUAAUUAAAAUAUAUUACUCCCCAAUAAAAUAUU